UUCAGCCAAGCGCCGCACAGCACCACAAACAGGCAAGCAGACAACAGCGCUCUUCCUCCCUUCACUCCUCGACAGCUCGCUCGCCAUGUUCCGCUGCGGGAUCGCCUACCCACGCUGCAGGUGGAUCGUGCCCCUGCUGCUGCUCUUCGCCAUCAUCUUCGACAUCAUCGCGAUCGCCGCCACGUCGGGCUGGGUGACGGACGAGGAGGGCAAGACGCACUACGCCAGCAUGUGGGAGCAGUACCACGGACGCAACGACCAGUGGGAGGGCAAGUCCCUCAUGGAGUUCUCAUGGGCGCAGGCGGUGGCCGCCCUGAUGAUCCUCGGCCUCCUCAUCCUCAUCGGCGCCUUCAUCCUCUCCUGCGUGGCUCUGUGCUGCUCGGUCAACGUCACGCUGCUGCCCUUCAUCGGAAUGAUGCUUAUUGUUGUCGUGGUGCUGCAGGUGAUCGCCCUUAUCAUCUACCCGGUCAAGUUCAACGAGCAGAUCUUCGAGGGCCACUACUACUACACGUGGGCCUACGGCUUCGCCUGGGGCGCCACCCUGCUGUGCAUCGGCUGCGCUGUGCUCUUCUGCUGCCUGCCGCGCUAUGAGGACGAGCUUACCGGCCUGGCCAAGACUAAGUACCUCUACACGUCUGCCUAAAGCCCCUCCUACCCCGACCACCACCACCAGCAGCAUGUCCUCCUCCAUUUUGGAACACUUCCACCCCAAUUCAAGAUGGAGGUCGCAUCAGAAUCGCCAAUUCAAGGUGGAGGUUCCAUCAGCAUCGUCCGUAGUAACCUUUUUAUCCCUCACAGCUUCUACAUACAAAACAUCACCAAAGUGCCUACGCGUCAUGGCGAAUGAUCAUAGCGAUUGUUCCGGAGUGUUUGAUCUGGAACAAUUGAUAUGGAGCAAUUUUUCCUGAUUGAUCCAGAGCUUUUUUCUGAAGACCUUGAUCUGGAGUAUUAUAUCCAAGGGGAUUUAAUCCAGAGCAAUUGAUCCGGAGCAAUUGAGCCAGCCCACCAUGAAAUUCUAACCAUAAACGGAAUAAAAAAUGCUCAUUAUUUCUAUUUUGCGAUUGAUCCAGAUGGUUUGAUCCAGACAGUUUGAGCCCAAACGUUUGCUCCUGAGCCAAAGCAGCGAAUGUUGCGUAUCGAAUGAUGCAGACCAUUUGAUCCGGAACGUUUCAUCCGAAGUGUUUGAUCUGGAGCAACUGAUCCAGCCCACCAUACAAUUCUAAAACUAAUGGGAUCAAAAAUGCAAACUUUUUUUAAUUUGGCGUUUGUUCUGAAGCAUUUGUUCCAGAACAAAUUAUCUACAGCCUUUGGUCUGGACCGACUGAUCCGUUGAGAUUGAUUCGCAGCAAAUGUUCCAGACCAAAUGAUCCGGCGCGAUUGUUUUUGGAGCGAUCAAGUAAUCUGCAGCAAAUGAUUUGGAGUUUGUUCGGUUUGUAUGGCUCCUAAUAGGUUCCCCACUGGGAAUUUCACACAUUGUAAUUGUCACUUGCUCGCUUCUUGUGUCACAGUGCAUACAAAAUGUGGUUAAAUGUCAUCUUUGCACUUCUUUUCUUGGUAUUGUCAAUGUUAAUUUGUACUUCUUUUGCCUACGCAUUCUUUAUUUGUAUUCAUUAUUUAUCCCAAAGAGGCACCGGGAGGAUUAACUUCACUUUGCAUUUUACGCUGUGUGAUGUAAUUGCGGUAAAAUAUUCAAUAUUUGGUAAUAUUUCAUCUUUUAGGGAAAUUAGGAUUUUUAAAAGAUGUCAUAAUCUCUGUGCUGCCUUGAUUGUGAUAUUAACAUUUUUUGUUGGUUUAGAGGGUGUGUACCCCAAAUGUGUUUUUUUUAAAAUUUAAUUAAUGAUUUGUAUGUUUGGGUUGUAACCAGUCAAAGAGGGAGCUAACAUUAUUCUGUAUGGAAAACACCAAAAUCCUUCAUCUGAUGUGCCUUAGCUGCUCCAAUGUCAGAUUUUUGCUUCAAAACACUGUACUAGACCUCCUUGUUUGAUGUAUUAUGAGAGUAAAAAAAAAAAAAAACAGAGCCUGUUCUAGCCGGCAACUCGUAGAAAUAACUACUGUGUGAAUCAUAACUGACAGGCUAAAUAAAAAAGACUACAGUAUAUGAUAAAUAUUUGAAUACAGGGAUUGAUUGUAGCAGACUGCAUGUGUGUUGAUGGGCAGGUGAAAAAGGACUACUGUACUACGACUGUACAGGCUCUGUCAAGCCUUCCUGUGGGUGUGUUUUCAAUAACUAUUUGCUUAUUAUUUUUCCUGCUUUAGUGUGAACUGAAUCUCUUUUUUUGUAGUUGGUAUUUUUAUCCAAUAAACAGUUUUGUUUUGACAAAA